CAAGGUCAAGAGACCAAGACACCGCUCUAAUUGGGCGCUACAAAACACGGUCUGUUUUUUUGUUGCAUUAACAUUUAAAACUGUCCUGAGGAGUAUGCGCUAGUUACGCAAGACCCGGGGGUUCAUCGACUACGAGGAAAACAAGUAGCAGUGUGGUGUUUCUCUCGACUUUCCGCGCCCUAAGCCAAACUGGUCAUCACGUUCAAUUCCAUGCGGGAUACUUAGUACUGCUAAUGGGCAGCGUCCAUCAUGGUGUUUCAAAUUAUUGCGUGGGAAGCAGGUACAAUCUCCACUCGGACACGCCCUCGUAUAAGGAAGAAUUGUCGACGCAAAGGUUGUGGACAAAGUGGCACCGGGCCGUCCCGAGUCCUUCCGGUUCUCGAUCUUACUUUACGCCACUCGCGCGCCACAAUGUCAGGAUCUUCCCUAGCUGCAUCGAGCAGGGACCUAUGUAUGGUACAUCCGCGGAUGCUCUAUUCGAGUGAAGAGCUCGUAUGGACGCCUUUGCAUGUGCAUUAG